AGCGCUGGGCUAUUUUUUUUCUCCCCCGUGUAUCCUACUUCUUCUUCUGUUUCUUCAUCUUCUUCACCGUGAUCACGUUGUGACCAGGAGCUCCACUCUCCUGUGCAGAUUUACGCAAAUCAACAGCUCGCGAAACGCGGACCUACACUGGAUCCAGACUCGAGGAAAAACCACUAAAGAAACAAAACAUAUCCAUUGUUUUACCUGUUUUUUGUGGAUGCACCGAUGAGAGAUCCAGUUUUCCAAGGGACUGCAAUGGCUUAUCAUCCAUUCCACGGACACCGGCCGACCGACUUCCCCAUGUCCGCUUUCCUAGCGGCAGCGCAGCCUUCCUUGUACCCGGCGCUGAGCCUGCCUCCCGGGGCUCUCACCAAGCCCAUCCCGGACCACGGCCUGGCCGGGGCUACAGAGGCUGGACUCUACCCGGCCCUCAGCCACCACCAGGCGUCUUUUCUCCGUGGCAUAAAGGGCCAGGGCCCCGAGGAGGAGCUGGACGAAGACCCUAAAGUUACACUGGAAGGAAAGGAACUGUGGGACCAGUUUCAUAAACUGGGAACCGAGAUGGUUAUUACCAAGUCGGGAAGGAGGAUGUUUCCCCCGUUCAAAGUGAGAAUAAGCGGCCUGGACAAAAAAGUCCAGUACGUCCUGCUCGUGGACAUCGUGUCUGCGGACGACUGUCGCUACAAGUUCCACAAUUCACGCUGGAUGGUGGCCGGCAAGGCCGACCCGGAGAUGCCCGGGAGGAUGUACAUUCACCCGGACAGCCCGCUCACCGGCGAGCAGUGGAUGGCCAAGCCUGUAAACUGUCACAAACUGAAGCUGACCAACAACAUCUCAGACAAACACGGGUUUGUCCAGAUCAUCCUUAACUCCAUGCACAAGUACCAGCCGAGGUUCCACAUCGCCCUGGCCAACGACAUGAUGAGGACGCCCUGUCCUACAUUCAGGACCUACGUGUUCCCAGAGACUGAGUUCGUGGCUGUGACGGCCUACCAGAACGACAAGAUAACCCAGCUGAAGAUCGACAACAACCCGUUUGCAAAAGGUUUCAGAGACACAGGCAACGGCAGGAGAGAGAAAAGAAAGCAGCUACAACUGCCCUCUCUGCGGAUGUACGAGGACCAGUGUAAGGGGGACCGGGGCGGUGACGACUCUGACGCCUCCUCCAGUGAGUCUCCGGUCGGCAGAGACUCUGUUCACUCCCCGCUGGGCCCCGGUACCAGUGCACUGAGGUUCAACAGAGCGAGCCGAGAUGAGAAAGAUUGCUCUGACAGUGAACAGGAGAUGGAACAACCUAAUGAGCGCUGCACUGCCUCCAACAGCCCAGAACCCGAGCCCAUGUCCCCUUACAGCUCCAGGUGCGAGGACCGUGUGCGUGACAGGCAUAGUGCAGAAAAGAAGGACGACUCCGUUUUCAGUAUAAGGAACCUUGAAAAAGACAAAGCGGACAACAGGCACAGAAAGGACACCACGGACACGGUGACAAAGGACUCAGAGGCCGCAGCCACCGGCACCAAUAAGGACGAGUACUCGCCUCUCAUGCUCAAGACUGAGAGCCACUCACACUUCAGCCCGAGCCGCUUACAGGGCCUGGCACUGUCUGGCCUGCACAGUCAGCAAUUCUUUAACCCUCUCAACACCGGAUCACCACUGUUGUUUCACCCUGGGCAGUUUGCCAUGGCCCCCGGAGCCUUCUCUGCUAUGGGAACGGGCCAUCUUUUGGCAUCUGUAUCAGGAACAAGUGGUUUGGAGAAUGGCAGCCUCUCUGCCCAGAGCACAGGAGGAACACCAAACCCAUUCCCAUUCCAUCUGUCCCAGCACAUGCUCGCCUCUCAGGGCAUCCCAAUGCCUCCGUUCGGUGGCCUUUUCCCGUACCCCUACACCUACAUGGCUGCAGCCGCAGCAGCAGCCUCUGCCUCAGCCAUCCCCACCACCAGCUCCUCCAAUCCACUCUACAGGAACCUGUUCCUGGGCUCAACCCGACCAAGGCUGCGCUUUAACCCUUACCAGCUCCCUGUGUCACUGCCACAGUCCAGUCUGCUCGCUAUGGGCCUUUCUGGCAACCUGAACCCAGGCUCUGAAUCAUCCAAACCUGUUAGCAGGGAGUCCAGCCCAACCCCAGAGCAUGACAGCAAACACAAAUCAAGAGGAGGUUCAGGUGAGAGAUCGUCCCCUAAAACCUCCAUGAAGGACUCAGUAAAUGAGCUGCAAAGCAUCCAGAAACUGGUAAGUGACCUGGAGGACCAGCGGUUGACCUCCCCGACUGCAGACUCUCUUUAGUGAUGCAGAGACUGUGACUUUUGGACAAUGCCUUGGCUUGAAAACCAGAGGACUAUCAGUGCAUCUGUACAGCACAUUACAGAGGGUGGGACAAAAGGUUUGGACCUCGUGGGGGUCUGCGAAGGCUGAUGACUGAAUCGUUUUUGGAACAAAGGUGCAGAUAGAAUUUUGAUGUAAUUUUCUCCAUGCAGUUCAGUUGAACUAUUUUAUACCCACACGUACUGAAGGUUGAUCUGUUGGAGAGGAAAGCCUGUCGGAAGGUCAAGUCUGACUAUGUGACUAUGUGACUAUGAGACCAGACAAACUCUCUGCUGAAGCCCAGUGGCGUGGAGUCCAGUCCAGGGGUGACCAGGAAACCUGGGAACUCAGGAAAUAUUGAAGGAAUAAACGAAUAAUAAGGAAUGACUUAAUGCUAAAGAGAAACUAAUAUUAAAACAAAUCUCUUUGUUCAAAACGAAACACUGAUCAUUUUCACUACAAAUGAGAACUGAAUUAAACAUGUUUGUUAUAUGAAAGGUGAACCGUGCAGGGCCAGUAAGGGCCAACAUAUCGACUUUACCUGUCUGAGUGUGUGUGUGUAUGUAUGCGUGCGUGUGUGUGCGGAGUUUGCUUAACUUGAAGCAUCAGGGGCAAGAUUCAACCCAUCCAGCUCAAACUAAGCAGCUGUCUCAUCCAACAGAUCUCAAGCUGAAUCUAAAAUACCAUUUUUAUUUUUUACCUUUAUUUUAAUUUUCAAAUUUUUCCAAGCCUAUAUAUUUCAAAAAGGAUGGAAAGUGAACGUUCCGCCUGAAACGACCGCUUAUCAUUUCAUGCCAGAAAGAAAAACAAUGUUUCUGAAAUAUUUAUGUAAUUAAGAAAAAAAAAGAAAAAAUGUAAAUAAAGCUAAGA